AGUAUGUGCAGGCCACAGGCAGGCAAGUCAGAGGGCAAGAAGCCUGCAGGAAGCAAAGAUGAACUAGAGUACGAGUUCAUGGGACCAUGGAUUGGUCCCCUGGGCAUCAUGGCAGGUUUACCAGCGGUGUGCUAUGCGCUGGUGUACACUUGCAAUGCAAAGGGAUGCUCAGCCCUUCUAGGCCCAGCCGCAUGGCCUGUUUUCCCAGAAGGCACCAAGCUCUUCACGGCAGAAGCGCUGGCAGUCUUUGUAGGUUGGUUCUGCUUGCAGGUGCUACUGCAUCUGCUUUUGCCAGGACCAUCGGAGCAAGGGGUACUGCUGGCCAACAAUAGACGACUGCGAUACAAGCUCACAGGGGUGAGGAAUCUUGGGGUGACACUAGCAGUGGUCGGAUACUUUGGGUUCUACACACAGCAGCUGAAUUUGGCGUGGGUAUACAUUAACUUUCUUCCGCUGCUGUCAGCCGCUGUGCUGUUCAGCUUUGCCCUGUCGGCCUGUCUCUAUGUGACCUCCUUCCGGAAAGGAGCCCUCCUUGCAAAGGGUGGAAACACAGGGAACCACUUAUAUGACUUCUUCAUUGGGCGAGAAUUGAAUCCCCGCAUCGGCUCUUUCGACUUGAAGGAGUUCUGCGAGCUGUACCCCGGCCUCAUCGGCUGGCUGGUGGUUGACCUGGGCAUGCUGCAGAAGCAGUGGCAGGAUUUGGGUUAUAUCAGCACGCCGCUGCUGCUGGUGUGCGCGUUCCAGGGGCUGUAUGUGUUGGACGCUCUGUGGCUUGAAAAGGCAAUUCUGACCACCAUGGACAUCACCACGGAUGGCUUUGGCUUCAUGCUGGCCUUUGGUGACCUGGCCUGGGUGCCUUUUACCUACAGCCUCCAAGCGCGCUACCUGGUGGAUCACCCCAGGACUUUGUCAAGCUGGGCGGUGGCGGGUAUUCUGGCGCUCAAGGCGCUGGGCUACCUCAUCUUCAGAGGCUCCAACUCGCAGAAGAACGCGUUCCGGCAGAACCCGGAGCAGCCGAGCGUGCGGCGGCUGAAGACGAUAACGACUGCGUCCGGGCGGCGGCUGAUCGUGAGCGGCUGGUGGGGCAUCGCGCGCCACAUCAACUACUUUGGCGACUGGCUCAUGGCGUGGGCUUGGUGUCUGCCGUGCGGCUUUGACCACAUCGUGCCAUACUUUUAUGUCAUCUACUUUGGGGCUUUGCUAGUGCACCGAGAUUUGAGGGAUGGGCAUGCCUGCGCUCUGAAGUACGGCAAGGAUUGGGACAGAUAUUGUGCAAUUGUGAAGUACCGCAUUGUUCCUUUGGUGUACUGAAAUGCAGCAAUCAUCGUUGUUGAGAGUAGGGGGACGCAGUGGCACUGAUAAACUUCCCAGAGACCUUUUUGCAUAUCUCUGUCUUUGGGACAAACUCACCAUGUAGCUAGAUUUCACCUUUUUACUGGGUUUUGCGUCAUGAAACUUGGUCGAAGUG